AGGAUCAGUUUUUGGUGUUUGAUGCAAUAAUGGGAAUCAGGUAAUCAUCAGAAGGGAAGAAGAGCGACUGCAGAUCCACGGCUUCCUCGAAUUUUGCACGAAAGCCGCCGGCCUCGGAGGAGGGAUUAGUGCCGACCCGCUCGGGCGUGUUUGACAUUUCUUCCUCUUUGUGGCUUCUUCUCCUUUUCAAACAAUUCUUGGUCCAUGGUCAAUGAAAACACGAGGAUGUACAUUCCGGAGGAAAACCACCAAGGUCCCAGCUAUGGCAGCCCGCGCCCGGCUCACGCCAACAUGAACGCCAACGCGGCCGCGGGGCUGGCACCUGAGCACAUCCCCACACCGGGGGCCGCCCUGUCCUGGCAGGCGGCCAUUGACGCGGCCCGGCAGGCCAAGCUGAUGGGCAGCGCUGGCAACGCCACCAUCUCCACGGUCAGCUCCACGCAGCGGAAGCGGCAGCAGUACGGGAAGCCCAAGAAACAGGGCAGCACGAUGGCCACCCGCCCGCCCCGUGCCCUGCUCUGCCUGACCCUCAAGAACCCCAUCCGGAGGGCGUGCAUCAGCAUCGUCGAGUGGAAGCCAUUUGAAAUCAUUAUUUUACUGACCAUUUUUGCCAACUGUGUGGCCUUAGCGAUCUAUAUUCCCUUUCCAGAGGACGACUCCAACGCCACCAACUCCAACCUGGAACGGGUGGAGUAUCUCUUUCUCAUCAUUUUUACUGUGGAAGCAUUUUUAAAAGUCAUAGCCUAUGGGCUCCUCUUUCACCCCAAUGCUUACCUCCGCAACGGCUGGAACUUGCUGGAUUUUAUCAUUGUGGUUGUCGGGCUUUUCAGUGCCAUCUUAGAGCAAGCGACCAAAGCCGACGGGGCCAACGCCCUGGGAGGGAAGGGGGCUGGAUUCGACGUGAAGGCGCUCAGGGCGUUCCGCGUGCUGCGGCCCCUGCGGCUGGUGUCCGGGGUCCCGAGUCUUCAGGUGGUCCUGAACUCCAUCAUCAAGGCCAUGGUGCCCCUCCUGCACAUCGCCCUGCUCGUGCUCUUUGUUAUAAUCAUCUACGCCAUCAUCGGGCUGGAGCUCUUCAUGGGGAAGAUGCACAAGACCUGCUACAACCAGGAGGGCGUCGCAGAUGUCCCAGCAGAAGACGACCCCUCCCCCUGUGCCCUGGAGACGGGCCACGGGCGGCAGUGCCAGAACGGCACGGUGUGCAAGCCGGGCUGGGAUGGGCCCAAGCAUGGCAUCACCAACUUCGACAACUUUGCCUUCGCCAUGCUGACCGUGUUCCAGUGCAUCACCAUGGAGGGCUGGACCGACGUCCUCUACUGGGUCAAUGAUGCCGUGGGAAGGGACUGGCCCUGGAUCUAUUUUGUUACACUAAUCAUCAUAGGGUCAUUUUUUGUACUUAACUUGGUUCUCGGUGUCCUUAGCGGAGAGUUUUCCAAAGAGAGGGAGAAGGCCAAGGCCCGGGGCGACUUCCAGAAGCUGCGGGAGAAGCAGCAGCUGGAGGAGGACCUGAAGGGCUACCUGGACUGGAUCACGCAGGCGGAGGACAUCGACCCUGAGAACGAGGACGAGGGCUUGGACGAGGAGAAACCCCGCAACAUGAGCAUGCCCACCAGUGAGACCGAGUCUGUCAACACCGAAAACGUGGCUGGAGGUGACAUCGAGGGAGAGAGCUGCGGGGCCAGGCUGGCCCACAGGAUCUCCAAGUCGAAGUUCAGCCGCUACUGGCGCCGGUGGAAUCGGUUCUGCAGGAGGAAGUGCCGCGCGGCCGUGAAGUCGAGCAUCUUCUACUGGCUUGUCAUCUUCCUGGUUUUCCUCAACACGCUCACCAUCGCCUCUGAGCACUACAACCAACCCCACUGGCUCACGGAAGUCCAAGACACGGCCAACAAGGCCCUGCUGGCCCUGUUCACGGCGGAGAUGCUGCUCAAGAUGUACAGCCUGGGGCUGCAGGCCUACUUCGUGUCCCUCUUCAACCGCUUCGACUGCUUCAUCGUGUGCGGUGGCAUCCUGGAGACCAUCCUGGUGGAGACCAAGAUCAUGUCGCCCCUGGGCAUCUCCGUGCUGAGAUGCGUACGCCUCCUGAGGAUAUUUAAAAUCACGAGGUACUGGAACUCCCUGAGCAACCUGGUGGCGUCCCUGCUGAACUCCGUGCGCUCCAUCGCCUCCCUGCUGCUGCUCCUCUUCCUCUUCAUCAUCAUCUUCUCCCUCCUGGGCAUGCAGCUCUUCGGGGGGAAGUUCAACUUUGAUGAGAUGCAGACCCGGAGGAGCACAUUCGAUAACUUCCCCCAGUCCCUCCUCACCGUCUUUCAGAUCCUGACCGGGGAGGACUGGAAUUCGGUGAUGUAUGAUGGGAUCAUGGCUUAUGGCGGCCCCUCUUUUCCAGGGAUGUUAGUCUGUAUUUACUUCAUCAUCCUCUUCAUCUGUGGAAAUUAUAUUCUACUGAAUGUGUUCUUGGCCAUUGCCGUGGACAACCUGGCUGACGCCGAGAGCCUCACCUCUGCCCAGAAGGAGGAGGAAGAAGAGAAGGAGAGGAAGAAGCUGGCCAGGACUGCCAGCCCAGAGAAGAAACAAGAGGUGGUGGAGAAGCCGGCCGUGGAGGAGACCAAGGAGGAGAAAAUUGAGCUGAAAUCCAUCACUGCGGAUGGAGAGUCCCCCCCUGCCACCAAGAUCAACAUGGACGACCUCCAGCCCAACGAGAAUGAGGACAAGAGUUCCUACCCCAACCCGGAAACCACAGGAGAAGAGGAUGAGGAGGAGCCUGAGAUGCCCGUGGGCCCCCGCCCACGCCCCCUCUCUGAGUUGCACCUGAAGGAGAAGGCGGUGCCCAUGCCAGAAGCCAGCGCCUUCUUCAUCUUCAGCCCAAACAACAGGUUCCGUCUCCAGUGCCAUCGCAUCGUCAACGACUCCAUCUUCACCAACCUGAUCCUCUUCUUCAUCCUGCUCAGCAGCAUCUCCCUGGCUGCCGAGGACCCCGUCCAGCACACCUCCUUCAGGAACCACAUUCUGUUUUAUUUUGACAUUGUUUUCACUACCAUUUUCACCAUUGAAAUUGCUCUGAAGAUGACCGCCUACGGGGCCUUCCUGCACAAGGGCUCCUUCUGCCGGAACUACUUCAACAUCCUGGACCUGCUGGUGGUCAGCGUGUCCCUCAUCUCCUUCGGCAUCCAGUCCAGUGCCAUCAACGUGGUGAAGAUCUUGCGAGUCCUGAGGGUGCUCAGGCCCCUGAGGGCCAUCAACAGGGCCAAGGGGCUGAAGCACGUGGUGCAGUGCGUGUUCGUGGCCAUCCGCACCAUCGGGAACAUCGUGAUCGUCACCACGCUGCUCCAGUUCAUGUUCGCCUGCAUCGGGGUCCAGCUCUUCAAGGGCAAGCUGUACACCUGUUCGGACAGUUCCAAACAGACGGAGGCCGAAUGCAAGGGGAACUACAUCACAUACAAGGACGGGGAGGUGGACCACCCCAUCAUCCAGCCCCGCAGCUGGGAGAACAGCAAGUUUGACUUUGACAACGUCCUGGCAGCUAUGAUGGCCCUGUUCACCGUCUCCACCUUUGAGGGGUGGCCAGAGCUGCUGUACCGCUCCAUCGACUCCCACACGGAGGACAAGGGCCCCAUUUACAACUACCGUGUGGAGAUCUCCGUCUUCUUCAUCAUCUACAUCAUCAUCAUCGCCUUCUUCAUGAUGAACAUCUUCGUGGGCUUUGUCAUCGUCACCUUCCAGGAGCAGGGGGAGCAGGAGUACAAGAACUGCGAGCUGGACAAGAAUCAGCGGCAGUGCGUGGAGUACGCCCUCAAGGCCCGGCCCCUGCGGAGGUACAUCCCCAAGAACCAGCACCAGUACAAGGUGUGGUACGUGGUCAACUCCACCUACUUCGAGUACCUGAUGUUCGUCCUCAUCCUGCUCAACACCAUCUGCCUGGCCAUGCAGCACUACGGUCAGAGCUGCCUGUUCAAAAUCGCCAUGAACGUUCUCAACAUGCUGUUCACCGGCCUCUUCACGGUGGAGAUGAUUCUGAAGCUCAUCGCCUUCAAGCCCAAGCACUAUUUCUGUGAUGCAUGGAACACAUUUGACGCCUUGAUUGUUGUGGGUAGCAUUGUUGAUAUAGCCAUCACCGAGCCAGCUGAACAUACCCAAUGCUCUCCCUUUAUGAACGCGGAAGAGAACUCCCGCAUCUCCAUCACCUUCUUCCGCCUCUUCCGGGUCAUGCGCCUGGUCAAGCUGCUGAGCCGUGGGGAGGGCAUCCGGACGCUGCUGUGGACGUUCAUCAAGUCCUUCCAGGCCCUGCCCUACGUUGCUCUCCUGAUCGUGAUGCUGUUCUUCAUCUACGCCGUGAUCGGGAUGCAGGUGUUCGGGAAAAUCGCCCUGAAUGACACGACAGAGAUCAACAGGAACAACAACUUCCAGACCUUCCCCCAGGCCGUGCUGCUCCUCUUCAGGUGCGCCACCGGGGAGGCGUGGCAGGACAUCAUGCUGGCCUGCAUGCCAGGCAAGAAGUGCGCCCCCGAGUCGGAACCGGGCAGCAGCGCCGAGGGGGAGACGCCCUGCGGCAGCAGCUUCGCUGUCUUCUACUUCAUCAGCUUCUACAUGCUCUGCGCCUUUCUGAUCAUCAACCUCUUCGUAGCCGUCAUCAUGGACAACUUUGACUACCUGACAAGGGACUGGUCCAUCCUGGGUCCCCACCAUCUGGACGAAUUUAAGAGAAUCUGGGCGGAGUAUGAUCCUGAAGCCAAGGGUCGCAUCAAACACCUGGAUGUGGUGACCCUGCUCCGGAGGAUUCAGCCCCCCCUGGGCUUUGGGAAGCUGUGCCCUCACCGCGUGGCUUGCAAACGCCUGGUCUCCAUGAACAUGCCCCUGAACAGCGAUGGGACGGUCAUGUUCAACGCCACCCUGUUUGCCCUGGUCCGGACGGCCCUGAGGAUCAAAACGGAAGGGAACCUGGAACAGGCCAACGAGGAGCUGCGGGCCAUCAUCAAGAAGAUCUGGAAGCGGACCAGCAUGAAGCUGCUGGACCAGGUGGUGCCGCCUGCGGGAGAUGAUGAGGUCACGGUGGGCAAGUUUUACGCUACUUUCCUGAUCCAAGAGUAUUUCCGGAAAUUCAAGAAGCGCAAAGAGCAGGGCCUGGUGGGCAAGCCCUCCCAGAGGAACGCCCUGUCCCUGCAGGCUGGUCUGCGCACCCUGCAUGACCUCGGGCCCGAGAUCCGCCGGGCCAUCUCCGGGGACCUGACCGCCGAAGAGGAGCUGGACAAGGCCAUGAAGGAGGCUGUGUCCGCCGCCUCGGAAGAUGACAUCUUCAGGAGGGCCGGCGGCCUGUUCGGCAACCACGUGGGCUACUACCCCAGCGACAGCCGGAGCACCUUCCCCCAGACCUUCACCACCCAGCGCCCUCUGCACAUCAGCAAGGCGGGCACCAGCCAGGACGACGCGGAGUCGCCCUCCCACGAGAAACUGGUGGACUCCACCUUCACCCCCAGCAGCUACUCGUCCAUGGGUUCCAACGCCAACAUCAACAACGCCAACAACACCGCCCUGGGCCGCUGCCCCCGCCCCGCCGGCCAGCCCGGUGCCGUCAGCGUCAGCACCGUGGAGGGCCGUGGGCCCCCCUUGUCCCCCACUGUCCGGGUGCAGGGGGCCUCGUGGAGGCUCAGCUCCAAGAGGUGCCCCUCCCGGGACAGCCUGAUAGCCAUGGUGUGUCAGGAGGAGGCUCCGCGGGAUGAGACUUGUGACCUGAGGGCGGAUGAGGACGCCGAGUACGGCAGCGAGCCCAGCCUGAUCUCCACGGAGAUGCUCUCCUACCAGGACGACGAGAAUCGGCAGCUGGCGCCCCCCGAGGAGGACAGGAGAGACGUCCGUCUCUCCCCGAAGAGGGGCUUCCUGCGCUCCGCCUCCCUAGGUCGAAGGGCCUCCUUCCACCUUGAGUGUCUGAAGCGACAGAAGAAUCCCGGGGGAGACAUCUCUCAGAAGACAGUCCUGCCCCUGCAUCUCGUUCACCAUCAGGCGCUGGCGGUGGCGGGCCUGAGCCCCCUCCUGCAGAGAAGCCAUCCCCCUGGCGCCCUCCCCCCGCCGCAUGCCACGCCCCCUGCCACGCCAGGCCCGGCCUGGCCCCCGCGGCCUGUGCCCACACUGCGGCUGGAGGGGGCCGAGUCCAGCGACAAGCUCACCAGCAGCUUCCCAUCCGUCCACUGCGGCCCCUGGGCCGGGGAGCCCACGCCCUGCGGGGCCGGCGGCGGCAUCCGGAGGGCCCGGCCCGUGUCCCUCACUGUGCCCAGCCCGGCGGGGCCCCGGGGCCGGCCCUUCCACGGCAGCGCCAGCAGCCUGGUGGAGGCGGUCUUGAUCUCAGAAGGACUGGGGCAGUUUGCUCAGGAUCCCAAGUUCCUCGAGGCCACCACCCAGGAGCUGGCCGACGCCUGCGACAUGACCAUCGAGGAGAUGGAGAGCGCGGCCGACAACAUCCUUAGCGGGGGCGCCCGGCAGAGCCCCAACGGCACCCUGCUCCCGUGUGCAAACUGCAGGGACCCGGGGCCAGACCGAGAGGGGGGCGCGGAGGACGCGGCCUGGGCGCCCAGCCCCGAGCCCCGCCAGUGCGGAGAGGAGCCCCGGGACAGCAGGGCCUUCGCCAGCAGCCUGUAGCAGCCGGGCCGGAGAUGCCGGGUUUUUAUUUGUCUCCAUGUUCCUAAUGGGUCCGUUUCAGAAGUGCCUCACUGUUCUCGUGACCUGGAGUUAACCGGAACAGCGUCUUCAUUCAUUUCGUAGGGACAAGACCGAGUCGGCGGCCGGGAGAGAAGCAGCCGCGGUCCGAGUCCGGCGGGGAGCGGUGGGGGGAGGGCACGGGCACCAGGGAGGGGGCCCCCCGCGGCCGCCUCGGCUCCCUCAGCCCUCGCCCAAAGGACCCUACGCCAAACGGGUGUCUUUCAACUCUGCUUGUCAAGAACUCAUUUUGCACAUAUUCUGUAUGAGCCUCACUGUCGCCAUAGAGCCAGGGCCCUGUGCCUUCACGGAAAGAAGGAGGCCCCGGCCGGGCCCUGGGAAGGGGGGGGCGCUGCAGCUCCAAGCCAAGGCUGGCCACUGCCCCCUGCGCCACCCGUGUCUGGACCCCCUUCCCACCCGGCCAUGGUCACAGCCACGCCACUCCGUCGGCGCCGGGGGAGGGGCGCGCCCGCCGGGACAAGACCGGUGGUGCUGAGCGUCUGUCCAGCGCUCUUCUGUUUGGGGGUUUGACAUUUUUCUUCACCGCAUGUUGCAGUUUUCAUUUGGGGGGUUUCGUUUUUUUAUACUUUUGUUUUCCCAGGGGGAGGGGAGGGAGAAGGGUGUUUACAGAGUUUUGCAGCCACCCACCUUACCGGUUUCACUUUUGCAAAUGUAAAUCGGGUUCAGUUUUGUUGUAUUAUUUAACGGUCGUGGUUUCCUUUUCUACGGAGGAUUCGAUAGAGCCGCCGUGGGAGAGUUUUACCAGCCGUUGUGUAUGCCCAAUAGUUUGCUAUCAUUUCCUUAGGUAGCGACAAGAUUUCUUCUGUUUGGUUUCAUAAUUUAAAGGUGAUCAGCAAUGCACUUGGUAGGGUCUUGCACAAAUGUGUGUAGUAGCGUGUGCCCGAGAGAGGAAGCAGCACGAGGUCUCUGCGAGUGUGUGUGCCGUGUGUACGGUGGGUUGUGUGUGUGCGGGCGUGGGCUGAGUCUGCAGCCACGUGCGCCCGGGCCGCCAGUCCGCCUGCAGUUCCCCUUGGGGCUUAAGGGUGGGGAGCUCUGAAUCUGGGGCCGUUUGAAAGCAAAAGCAAACCACUGUCUCUGCUUCUGAAACGGGAAUCAGUAACUCUGCAUUUUCUGUCCCACAAGAUAUGCAAAAACAAUGCAAUAAUAUUCAUUUUAAAAAUACAGUUGUGAGUUGUGUUGGCAUUAAAACUGUGUUUAAAAAAAACCACACAGAAAUUUAAGGGAGAAACUCAGAAGGCGUUUUGCUUCGAUUUGUUCCGUGUAAUGUUUUACUGCAUUGAUGGUGUUUCUGCUGAAGAGACCGUUAUACUUGAAUUCAGGUCAGUCUCAGUAUUUUACAAAUAUUUUUUUAAAACUGAA